GCGGAAGACAAGAAGGUUUGUUAGGGUUUUUGAAGCUUCUUUUUGUUUUGUUGCUGUGUGAAUUGAAGCUCAAAAUGAUAUCCAGGGUUGCAAAUUUUCUCAGAAUUCACUCCAAACCCCAUGUCUCUUCCCUAACAGAAGUUCCAGCCAAACUUCAUCCCUAUCAUCUACAAAUUCUAACAAUAAGAGGGGCUCAUAUAAACCCAUCAACUGAUGAAAACCUUGGCUCUGUCAAUGAACGUUUUGAAGGUGCCAAAGAAAACAUGGCGUCUCAAAACAUAAUUUCAGAACCAUCUGAUUCAUCACCUGAGACACCAAACAUUUCAUAUGCAGCUUCAUCAAGCUUGAAGGUCUCAACAAGGCACAAUUUGGCGAUGAUUUAUACAUGUAGGGUUUGUGAGACCAGGUCAGUUAAGACUGUAUGUCGAGAAUCUUAUGAGAAAGGGGUGGUAGUUGUGAAGUGCGAUGGGUGCAACAACUUGCAUCUAAUUGCCGACCGUCUAGGCUGGUUUGGAGAGCCGGGAAGCAUCGAGGACCUCCUUGCAACUCGAGGAGAGGAAGUGAAAAAAGGAUCACCUGAAGCCAUGAGCUUAACAUUGGAAGACUUGGCAGGACUAAGGUCUUCAUCUACAUGAAUCUCAUCCAUUUCAAGCAAACUCAUGUGUAGCUAGCUUUCUUUGGGCACUUAAAAGCUUGUUGAUGCUCAUGCCCUGCCCACAAAGCUAUAAGCCAGAUCGCGUUCGUUUUUCUUUGAUUGGCUUUGGUACAACUCUGGCGAACUUCUUGAGGCUUGGUUUUUUCAACACAUUUCCCUUCCAAUAGUUGUGCUUUAAACUAAGUCAUGUGAUCAGGAAGGACAUUUUCGUUGGCGAUUUUAGAAGAUACUAGCUGAUAUAAGUGGAGCAAAAGUAGUUCUUGCGUUGUUACCCUUGGUUGAUUGCGUUUCAGCAUUUGCUAAUAUUCAAGUGCAUAUUGAUAUGUUAUGUUCUCUUCAAGGUGCUGGCAUGCGGCCUUGCUUCUUCA